CGGCAGCGGCGCCCGCAGUUCCAUCCAGUGCGUGACUGCUCGCCUUACCGACUCGGUCGUUAUGCCGAAGAGAAAGUCGCCAGAGAAUCCAGAGGGCAAAGAUGGAUCCAAAGUAACUAAACAGGAGCCCACAAGACGGCCUGCCAGAUUGUCAGCGAAACCUGCCCCACCAAAACCUCAACCUAAACCACGAAAAACAUCUGCUAAGGAAGAACCCGAAGCAAAGAUUAACCGAGCUGCUGAAGGGCAGAAGGAGGAAAAACUGGAAGCUGGAAAGAAAGGUACUGCACCGUCUGAAAAUGGUGAAACCAGAGCUGGAGAGGCACAGAAAACUGAAUCUGUAGAUAUUGAGGGAGAAUGAAUUGUCAUGAAAAAUUAGGGUUGAUUUUAUGUAUCUCUUGGAACAACUUUUAAAAGCUAUUUUUACCAAGUAUUUUGUAAAUGCUAAUUUUUUCAGGACUCUGCUAGUUGGCAUACAAAAAUAUAUAAGGAUGGACAUUUUACCCUCUCAUAGUCAGGCUUUUUGGAAAUUUCCAUCAUCCUUAAGUAAAAUAAAUAUCAAUUUAAUAUUGGAAGUUGUGUGUAAACUUGAUCCAGCAUUCUAUACACCUGGUUUAAAAUUUUAGUCCUGUGCAUACUGUGGUGUUUUUACUGUGCAUAUUUGAAUUUUUUCAUGCAGUUUUUCUAGAGCAAUAAUCAGUGGUGCUUUUGUACCUAGGUUUUAUGUGAUUUUAAUGGAACAUGGAUAGUUGUGGCCACCUGCUGACUACUUGUGGUUUAAAAUAAAAGGUUUUGUCUGCAAAAAAAAAA